AUGGAUCAAGCAAAAGAUAAGUUCCGAAAAUGCAAAAAACUACAAACAAAGACCCAAAAUGUCCCCCUUAUAGAGGAACUAAUAAAAACCACACUUACGGAAGACCUGCUCGCCCGUUUCAACGUUCCAGUCCCUACACGACAAUUUCUCCUCGAAAAAAAAUGCCAAAUGGCGAAAGACACCAAGAAGAAAGAACUGAAAAAAAAACUAAAAGAGUUGUACCCAGAAAUUCCGCAAAAAAAUACUUCACACUAUGAUAUACGCAAAUAUGCCCAGUCUGGACCCAAAACUAUGAAGAUCAUGUUCCAGUGGAAAUGUAUAAUGGAAAGAGUCCAUACAGGUGGUUUGGAGAACAAAUACCCCCAGAUAGUAGAAACUAUUUUGGAUGAAGCAAGAGAUGAGUUUAUCGAAACGGUUCACGGAGUGAGCGUGAACGUGAAAACGAGACCUAUGGGAAACGACGAACACAUCCACCUAGAACCCUUAAAAUUUUUUGGAAAGACGAAAAGGUACAACGUUUAUUUAAAGCACCGUCAAUACAUGUUAAGGAAAUGGAAACUUCACCAUCCCCUAAUUCGAGCAAUCUUGAGGGAAUGUGUCACAUUCUUACCAGACAAGCUGUUCGAUUUUGGGGAGAAAAGUAGCGAACCGGUAGACAUCGUAACGUUGGCUGAAAAGUUUGCCACCUAUGUAAAGGAAUCGAAACUUCUUUUUAAAGAACUUUACUUGAAACUGACAGUACUGGUGCAGAAAGACAAAAGCGAUAACACCGAUUACUUGAAAGCAUGUACCGGUCUGUUUGGCGUGUACAUGAGUCAAGCACUUAUCGAAACGAUGAACUACAUCGUGAGGGUAACGGGCAAUGAGGAUUUGAUACCAUAUCUUAAAUUAACUCUCAUUUUUGGUGAAGUAGGUCUAACUUUGAAGCCAACAAUGAGUGACGUCAUCGAUCUUUAUUCUCGAUUCUUGUAUGACCUAGUUGCGACUGGUAAAAAAUUUCCAGUUUUGAAUUCGGCGAAACAAGAAGGAGAAGCAGAGGACUCGGCGCUGACUCAUCUGAAUGUUGACGAUUUCCUCGAACAUUGUAUUGAACAAAUGUCCCUCAAUAUUUCGAAGAUGUAUGAACCUAUUUUUAGUUACCUCGAGUACGUAGAGUCAGAAUUUGGGGAUCUAUACUCAGAAUUUGAUAUCCACAUAGAAGUAGAAGAUAAACAAAUGCUUUUCACGAGCGGCUUUAAUCAAAUAGCCUACUACAAAAGUUACAUAAAAAAAGCUAACACAAAUUUAACCAACGAAUAUUUUGCCAUGGGUCAACUGAUACUUUCCGAGUACGUUGAUAAUCUCAAAGCGUCUUUACAACAUCUCAUCGACGAAAUUUUGGGUAAACUCAGUUUGGAACACCGUUUGGAAGAUGAAGCAAUUUGUCAGUGUUUCCAAGAUAUCAGAGAGAAAGCUCGCGAAGAAUUAAUGGAGCAAGGCAAGUACAUGAUCUGGGGAAAAACAGUUCAUCUCAUAGAACUUGCAGAGCGAAUCCAGCAGAUGUUAUAUAAUCUGACCCACUUGUUCGAAUAUGGCGAAAUCUCUCAACAACAUAUGGAUCUAAACUCAGACACGGUUAACUGGCUAAAAAAUGUCGAACCCAUCUUAGAACAAAGUUCCGUCAUGUACGAACAAUUCAAAUUUGAAGCAGAAGAAAAACUUCAAAAAACCAAAGAUGAAGUUGCUGUCGCUUUGCAAACACUGCUGCCGUAUCUCGUGAUCUUGAAUGACAUGGACGAUGUAAACAACGUACGUCAGUACGUUCACAGGAUGGCGCCUUUUUUAGAAGUCAUGCGUGAUGCUCUGAAGAAGAUCAUUUGGAGUAAUCACGAAGAAGAGGUUCUAGGUUUCGGCGUAACCACUUUUUUAAAGUACGAGGAGAUGGCGAACUUCUUGUUCCCUUUUUACCAUUUAUUGAAAGUUUGUUUGAAUCUGAAAAGAAAAAUUGCAGUGUGGCUUGAUGGACAAUUCGAAUUUCUUAAUGCAGAGGAAACCGAGUUGAUGCUAGAAGACUUUCAGAAGGAGCUUUUGAAAAUUCAAAAGAUGUACAGGAAUAAAAUAAAGCAAGCUCUAGCUGAGAAUGUUGCCUUGCGAUUUGAUGGUAUACUUGAUGAUCCAGAACUUGUCAACUGGCCAGCGCCGCUUAAACUGACUGCGAGAGCAAUCCAAGACAUUAAAGAUUUUAGGCCUGCAUUAACAAUGAUGAAAAUUAUGUGUAAUGACGCCUUGCUGAAGAGACACUGGAAAGAAAUGUCUGAGAUCGCCGGUUUUGAUAUGACUCCGAACGCAGGUACUUCGUUGAGAAAGUUAAUGAGUAUGGGUCUAGAACCUGAUAUGGACAAAUAUGAGAUUAUUAGUACUAGUGCAACCAAAGAAAGAGAACUUUUGGUCAACCUCAACAAAAUGCAAGAAGAGUGGGUCGAUAUUCGUUUCAAAACCGGUACUUAUAAAGACACAGGAAUCAAUAUUCUAACUCAGUUGGAUGAUGUUCAAGUCAUUCUCGAUGACCAUAUUCUGAAGACUUUAACCAUGAGAGGGUCCGUUUUUGUCAGACCUUAUGAAACUGAAGUAAGGGCUUUUUACGAGAAAUUAUUGAGAAUAAACAAUACAAUAGAAGAAUGGGGCAAAGUACAGUCACAGUGGCUCUACUUGCUCACAAUUUUUUCAUCAAAAGAUAUCGUAGCACAAAUGCCAGAAGAAGGGCAACUUUUUAAAGAAGUCAACGACACGUACAAGCGGUACAUGGACUUGGUUAUGAGAGAUUCGAGAGUUGUUGAAACAGCAGGCGCUGCUGGAGUUUUAGAAGCAAUGGUUCAUUGUAUAGAACUCCUUGAGAAAAUCAACGACGGCGUGGUAUCAUAUCUAGAGAAAAAACGACUUUUCUUUCCACGAUUUUUCUUCUUGUCGAUCGACGAAAUGUUGGAGAUUUUGUCCGAAACAAAAGAUCCUCUAAGAGUACAACCUCACCUCAAGAAAUGUUUUGAAGCCAUCAAUCGUCUCAAUUUCGACGACCAAUUACAAAUCCAUGCCAUGUAUAGCCAAGAAGACGAAGAAAUAGAGUUCGUUCAAAUGAUCAAAACCAAAGAAUUUGGAGGAAGUGUCGAAAAAUGGCUCAUUCUUGUUGAAGAGCAAAUGAUAAAAUCAGUCAGGGAACAAAUAAUCCAAAGCUUUAAGAACUACGCUGUCACGCCACGAACGAAAUGGGUACAAAAAUGGCCGGGUCAAGUGGUGUUAGCAGUGUCACAAGUAUACUGGACUACGAGCGUUCACCAAGCACUGAAUCGUGUCGAAGACAUGACGAUCAGUGGACUUGCUAGUAGUCUUAAGAACCAACUUAAAAAGAUAGUCGGGCUGAUAAGAGACCCAACUUUAACGAAUCUUUCAAGAAUAACCAUCAAAGCUCUAAUCGUAAUUGACGUACACGCAAAAGACGUCGUUCAAGACUUGGCCGACAAGAAAGUGAAGGACGAUAAAGAAUUUAAAUGGUUGUCACAGUUAAGGUACUACUUGGACGAAAACGAAUGUUACGUCCGACUUGUCAACGCGACAGUCAAAUACGCGUACGAAUACCUAGGAAACACGGAUCGUCUGGUAAUUACACCCCUGACGGACAGGUGUUACAGAACUUUAAUCGGUGCAUACCAUCUACAUUUGAAUGGAGCCCCCGAAGGUCCCGCAGGUACCGGCAAAACCGAGACUACUAAAGAUUUAGCAAAAGCAAUCGCUGUACAGUGUGUUGUCUUUAACUGCUCCGAUGGUUUGGAUUACAAGGCCAUGGGGAAGUUCUUUAAAGGACUGGCUUCGUGUGGUGCUUGGGCCUGUUUCGACGAAUUUAAUCGAAUCGACAUUGAAGUACUGUCUGUGGUAGCCCAGCAGAUUCUAUCCAUAAUAUUGGCAGUUCGUGCUAACUUACCCAAAUUUCUUUUCGAAGGGUCAGAAAUUCAAUUAAAUCCCGCCUGCUAUGUAUGCAUCACCAUGAAUCCAGGAUAUGCAGGACGUACGGAACUGCCCGACAACUUGAAAGUGCUGUUUCGCACGGUGGCCAUGAUGGUACCCGACUAUGCCAUGAUUGGAGAAAUCUCGUUGUAUUCGUACGGUUUUAUCGAUGCGAGAAACUUAUCUGUGAAGAUAGUCACAACGUAUCGCUUAUGUUCGGAACAGCUGUCUUCACAAAAUCACUACGAUUACGGCAUGAGGGCUGUGAAGUCGGUCUUGUCGGCUGCUGGUAACAACAAGAGAAAAUUUCCCGACGAACAAGAAGAUAUUCUGCUUUUGAGGGCCAUUUUAGAUGUCAACCUACCGAAAUUUCUGAAUCAUGAUAUCCCACUUUUUGAAGGAAUUAUCUCGGAUUUGUUCCCAGGGGUUGUUUUACCAGAAGCCGAUUAUAAGAUGUUGACAGACGCUAUGAUGAAUUGCUGCAACAAACGUAAUCUUCAACCAAAAGCUUCUUUUCUGUUAAAAAUCAUACAAACGUACGAAAUGAUGAUCGUGAGAUGGGGUUUUAUGAUUGUGGGGGAGCCAUUUGCGGGGAAAUUUUCAACAUUGAAGGUCUUGGCCGACACAUUAUCGCUUAUUAAUGAACAGGGACAAGGAGAAUCACAAGUAUGUUAUACGAUAUUGAAUCCAAAGGCUAUAACGAUGGGUCAGUUGUACGGUCAAUUUGAUCCCAUGUCCUACGAAUGGUCUGAUGGAGUCGUCGCCACCUGUUUUCGAAAUUAUGCUAAUGAUCCCAGUCCCGACAGAAAGUGGAUUAUAUUCGACGGACCUGUGGAUGCCGUUUGGAUUGAAAAUAUGAACAGUGUUUUAGACGAUAACAAGAAGCUUUGUUUGAUGAGUGGAGAAGUUAUGACAUUGUCGAGCACCAUGUCGUUGAUUUUUGAAGUAAUGGACUUGGAACAGGCAUCGCCGGCCACGAUAAGCGUUUUAGUUCAUACUUAAAUGCACUAAACAAUUAUAAUUUAGGUAUCGCGUUGUGGUAUGAUCUAUAUGGAAGCUAUAACUCUCGGCUGGGAACCAUUUCUGAGCUCUUGGCUUGUCAAUUGUAACCAAGAGUGGUGUUAUGAUGAAUACAGAAUCCUCACCAAAGACCUUUUCUAUUGGAUUAUACCGCCGUGUUUGCACUUCCUUAGAAAAUACUGCAUUCAGUACUGUAAUAUCGGAAUGAUAAAUCUAGUAAAAAAUAUGAUGCAACUGGUUGAAAUGACACUGAAUAAAGCUUGUGAGGAGGUUAUCAAAGCGGACGAAAAAGAGAAAAAUUUACUGAUAUGGAUGCAAGCGGCAUUUCUUCAAGCAGGAAUAUGGGGGUUGGGAUGUGUUCUAGAUACAGAAUCAAAGGUGAAGUUUGAUACGUUCUACAAACAACUGUGGCGAGGUCAACUAGAAGAUAAUCCUUAUCCAGCAUCUCUAGAGAAGCUUGAAAUCAGCAUCCCGAUUGAAGGCUUGCUCUAUGAUUACGCAUACAAUUAUAGAAUGAAGGGCACCUGGAAGUACUGGCCAGAAGUUGUGAGAAACGAAAGGGUAGAUGAAUGCAAGAAUAUCUUACAAGCUUUAAUUCCCACCGUUGAUACGGGGAGAUAUAUGGCUUUGGUAGAAAUGCACAUUAAAAAUAACGCACCCGUGUUACUAGUAGGACCAACUGGUACUGGAAAGAGCUUCUACAUUCAAGAUCUCCUCAUGAACCAACUGGAUAAAGAAAUGUACUUGCCUUCAUUCAUCACGUUCACAGUAAAAAUCACAGCUAAUCAGACCCAAAAUUUGAUUAUUUCAAAAUUGAACAAACUACGGAGAUAUCAUUACGAAGCACCAAAAGGCAAAACUGCUGUUCUUUUUAUAGACGAUAUCAACAUGCCUUAUAAAGAAACUUACGGGGCGCAACCACCUAUCGAACUCCUGCGCCAGUACUUCGACCACAAAAAUUGGUACGAUCUUAAAACCACAGCACCGGUUUUCUUACACCGAGUAAUCUUUCUGGCAGCUAUGGGUCUCGUGGGCGGUAGCAGACAAGAAAUUUAUCCGCGAUUCCUCAGGCACUUCAGUAUUUUUUCCAUAAAUGAGUUUUCCGAGGAAACCAUGGCGAAAAUCUAUAUAAACAUUUUACAUUUGGGUUGGAAAAAUAACGGUUUCCCUAGCGAUAUUAUCAACAUGGCUGUACAAACAGUGAACGCAAGUUUAGAAAUUUUCAAAUCUGCUACAGAAAAUUUACGGCCUACUCCGUCGAAAAGUCAUUAUGUUUUCAAUCUGCGUGACUUUUCUCGUCUGAUUCAAGGUUGUGCCAUGUUGCGAAAAGAGUGUGCGGAAGAGAGAGUUGUCUUUGCAAAGAUUUGGGUUCACGAAGUCUUGCGAAUUUUCUACGAUAGACUAAUUGAAAAUGCCGACAAAGCAUGGUUGUUUUCAAAAAUCAAACUUGUAGUUCGUGAUAGCUUCAAAGAUGUCUUUGAUUAUUUGCCAAAAGAUUCUGAAAAUAAUUUAACUUUGGAUUCGUUGAAGAGGCUCAUGUUUGGGACUUAUUUUGAUCAAGAUUCAGACGACGACGAAAGGCGAUAUGAGGAAACAGCGAACAUAGGUGCCUUCGCUGCGUUGUGCCAAACUUGUCUGGAUGACUACAACGCUUCUCAUAAAACCAAAAUGGAUGUGGUACUUUUCGAUUACGCUUUGGAACAUCUGUCGAAGCUUUGUCGUGUUUUGUCGAUGGCUUGCGGAAGCGCUCUCCUAGUUGGUAUCAGCGGUUCUGGAAGACAGUCUCUAACUAGACUAGCUAGCGAAAUUUAUGGUCAAGCCUUAUUCCAGCCAGAAAUUACAAACAACUACGGUUUAAACGAGUGGAGGGAUGAUAUUAAGAAAAUACUCAAGGAAGCGGGAGGCAGAGGACGGCAUUGUGUGUUUUUGAUUACUGAAGGGCAAAUUAAAGAGGAAUCGUUCUUGCAGGACAUCGACUGCCUCCUCAACUCGGGCGAAGUACCUAAUGGUAUAUACCAAAUAGACGAGAGACAAGAAAUUUUAAUCUUUAUGAAGACUUUGGACGAAAAAGAGUUUAUGUUCUUAAUGACAGGAGCGAUAAAUGUUGAGAAUACCCUAAAAAAUCCAAUAGAAUGGUUACCAAAGCUGUCAUGGGAUCAAAUAUGCCGAGUAAGCGACCUACCAGCUUUUCAAAAUUUUAAGGAUUCGUUUGUUCAACGAUCGCACGACUGGAAGAAAAUCUACGACAGCUACCAACCGGAAAACGAAAAAUUGCCACCACCCUGGCAAGAUAGUCUCAAUACCUUUGGAAAAUUGACUGUGCUGCGUAUUCUUCGUCCCGACAAGUUGUUGGUGGGAGCCACCAAUUACAUCGCUAAAGAAAUGGGUGUAAAAUAUAUAACGCCACCCCAGUUUAACAUUUCCGUUUCGUAUAACGAAUCGUAUAAUUUAUGUCCGUUGAUCUUUAUCCUAUCACCUGGUACCGAUCCUAUGGCUGCUUUGGUAAAAUUUGCCGAAGAAAAGAAAUAUGUCGAACAAUUUCAGUCGAUUUCUUUAGGACAAGGACAAGGUCCACGUGCUGCUGCCCUAAUUCAACAAGGUCAAAACGAAGGGCUUUGGGUGUGCCUGCAGAAUUGUCACCUUGCAACGUCAUGGAUGCCAAGUCUUGAGAAAAUCUUCGAAGAUAUGGAUUACACAAAUACAGACGAUAAUUUUCGACUGUGGUUAACGAGUUACCCUUCCGAUAAAUUUCCAGUGUCUAUAUUGCAGAAGGGAGUUAAAAUUACCAAUGAGCCUCCAAGUGGUCUUAAAGAUAACCUUCUGAAAUCGUACCUCAACGAUCCUGUCAAAAACCAAGAAUUCUUUAACGGAUGCCCAGGAAAUCAAGAAAUGUUUGUGAAGCUGUUAUAUGGCAUCGCAUUCUUCCACGCCGUUGUACAAGAGAGACGUACUUUUGGACCACUAGGGUGGAAUAUACCAUACGGGUUUAACGAUUCCGAUUUUGAUAUAUCGGUUCAGCAACUACGAAUGUUUAUCAACGAGAGCGACGAUCCAUAUGAAGCCCUCUCUUAUCUAAUCGGUGAAUGUAACUACGGAGGUCGAGUAACGGAUGACUGGGAUCGUCGCUUGAUCACGACCAUCUUAGAAGACUUUCUCAAUCCGAAUAUAGUCAGUGCAAGUAACUAUCUCUUCAGCGACGCUGCAGAAUGCUAUGAUCUCCCAACAAAAAUCGACUAUCCAGAUUUCAUAAAUCAUAUACAGAACCUCCCUGUGAUUCAUCCUCCUCAAGUGUUAGGUCUCAAUACAAACGCAGGAAUAACUCGUGAUUUGCAGAACUCUCACAGAUUACUGAAUUCAGCCUUAAUGGCCUAUGGUGAGGGUCAAUCAGGCAUGACCGGUGAAACCGACAAGUACAUAAUGACAUUGUGUUCCGAUAUUUUGUCCAAAUUGCCUCCACCUUUUGAUCAAGAAGUAGCAAUGCAACGUUACCCUGUUCAGUAUUCCGAAUCAAUGAAUACCGUUUUGGUACAAGAAAUGGAACGUUUCAACAAACUCCUUGGUGUGAUCCGAACCUCUUUAAUUAAUAUGCAGAAAGCCAUCCAGGGCCUAAUCUCAAUGACCCCAGCUUUAGAAUCCUUUUCUGCGUCUCUUCUAGUAGCUCGAAUCCCGAAAAACUGGGCCGGUGCUUCGUACCCCAGUUUAAAAAACUUACCCAAUUACGUAGCGGAUUUUUUAGAAAGAAUCGUGUUUUUGGAUACGUGGUACCAGAAUGGGAAACCAAAUGAUUACUGGGUAUCUGGGUUUUACUUUACCCAAGCGUUUUUGACUGGUGUUAAGCAAAACUAUGCUCGAAAAUACACCAUUCCUAUUGACCAACUCACUUUCGAUUUUGCAGUUAUGAAGAAAGAUAGGGAAAAUCAAGCACCUCCAGAUGGUGCCUACAUUUAUGGAUUGUUCAUGGAUGGUGCUAGAUGGGAAAGAAGUACACAGCAAAUUGUCGAAUUAUUGCCAAAAAUUUUACAUGACAACAUGCCUCUAAUUUGGAUCAAACCUAUUAAAGACGUCGACUAUAAAGAGAGAGGCAGAUACAAGUGUCCGGUUUAUAAGACUUCAGAAAGAAGAGGCGUUUUGUCUACAACGGGUCAUUCUACAAAUUAUGUGCUUCCAGUUUUACCGAAAACUACCAUUACUCCUGCACAUUGGAUUAAAAGAAGCGUGGCCCUACUUUGUCAGCUAGAUUAGCCAAUCAAAAUGUUAGCAUAAUUUUUUUGCAAUGAUAUUUUACUCAGUUUUUUAU